CAUGCAGCGUGUCCUCGUGGGUCUGGUGUACAGCGCGUGCCUGCUGCUGUGGAACGUCGUGGCCACGUACACGCACGCGGGCGCCUUGGAGUCGCACGCGAUCGUCGCGCAAAGUUACGCACAGAGCCGCCACAACGGACGUCCCCCAGCCCGGACCCUCAACCCAGCCAAGACAGACUCCGAGUGCAGGAGCCGCCCUCUGGACCUCGUCUUCAUCAUCGACAGCUCCCGCAGCGUCCGACCCAUUGAGUUUGAGAAGGUCAAGAUCUUCCUGGCCGACAUGGUGGACACCCUGGAUGUGGGCGCAGAGGGCACCCGCGUGGCUGUGGUCAACUAUGCCAGCACAGUCAAAGUGGAGUUCCUGCUCAAAGACCACUUCAACAAGCUGGACCUGAAGAAAGCCAUCUCCCGCAUCGAGCCCUUAGCCGCAGGAACCAUGACUGGCCUGGCUAUCAAGUCCGCCAUGACCGAAGCCUUCACCGAGGAGUCCGGCGCCCGACCCAAAGCCAGGAAGAUCUCCAAGGUGGCCAUCAUCGUAACUGAUGGGAGGCCCCAGGACAACGUGGCAGAGGUGUCUGCAGCUGCUCGGGGGACAGGGAUAGAGAUCUACGCUGUGGGAGUGGACCGUGCAGACAUGAGCUCCCUCAAACAGAUGGCCAGUGUUCCUCUAGAGGAACAUGUGUUCUAUGUGGAGACCUACGGAGUCAUCGAGAAGCUCACCUCCAAGUUCAGGGAGACGUUAUGUGGUGUGGACCCCUGUACCAUGGGACACGACUGCCAGCACAUUUGUGUCAACAGCAACGCCUCCUUUUACUGCAAGUGCCGCGCCGGCUUUAUCCUCAACGCGGACAAGAAAACAUGCUCUGUCAAACAGGUGAAGGUGGAGGUGGUAGAAGAUCCCUGUAAGUGUGAGGCACGUCUGGCCUUCCAGAAGCAGACCCAGGCCGCUCUGCAGCAGCUCACCACCAAGAUAGCCGAUGUGUCGCGGAGGAUAGAGAGCCUGGAGAGUCUGGCCGGACGAGGCUAAAAGACUCUCAGUUCUGGGGUACGUGUGAACAGUCCCACCCAGGAGACCGUAAAACUGCCACUGACCUCGUGACCUCCCGUUUGU